AUGUCUGAAGUCUUAUUAUACCGUUUGCAAAUGAAUCGCGAAGCUAUUCUCCAAGAUUUAGAACCUGAGCAAGUCAUGGACUAUUUAUACCAGGAAGAUGUUCUCGAUGGCGACAAAUACGAUGAGGUUAGCGACAAAGGUUCGAGAAAAAAGCAGGCAGAAUUACUUCUGAGUUAUGUAGAAAGGGAUAGCUCGGCCAUCCAAAAAAUGAUCGAUGCUUUAAAGGGCUCAUCUCAACGACAUUUGGCAUGUAUUUUGAACGAAGCAUUGCCUGAUGAAGUCACCCGCAGCAAAGGUGGGUUUGUUGUCUUGUUACACCUUAUUAUUUUACUCUGUCUAACGUCAGACAAUUUUACUCGUCACGGGCAGAGCGUUGGCACUCGAUGAGUUGAAGCAUAUACCAUAGCAAGAAAAUCACCAUAAUGAAAACAAAAAUGACCAAAAAAUAGCAAAAAUAUGUUUUAAUAAGACAAUUUGUAUUACAACUUCUGUAAUACUAAUAGUUCUGAACAAAACAGUAUUUACAUGCUUUUGGUAAUUUUAUUCAAUACAGUGAAAAUAGUUUUAAAGUAUCUUUGCUUCAUAGAAAAAAUUUGCUCGUUGAGCAUCCAAUCAAAUUGUGUGAAUAGCAGUAUCCACCUCCUAAGUAUAUGCUAAAAACAAUUAAUUUUCAUACUGUAGGUAUCCUCAAAUCAUUCCAAAAUGAUCUGGACAGCCCUUACCCGAUGACCCAUGUUCCUUGUGGCUAUGCAGUCAUAAUCAACAAUUCUGACUUUCACCCAUAUACCAAACUUGAACAACGCGAAGGCUCUGAAAAAGAUGUGAAAACAAUGGAAGAACUAUUUAAGUGGCUACAAUUUAAUGUCGACAUCUAUGAAAACCAAACUGCAGCCGAGAUUGUGAGUAUUGUUCGAAAAUAUCGAGUCGAGAUAGACCACACAAAUUUUGAUUGCUUUGUACUCUUUUUAAUGAGUCAUGGGUUUGAAGAUGGGAUAUUUGGCACAGAUGGAAGAAGAGUUAAGCUUCGAGAAGAAAUUAGAAAGCAACUGACAGCUGAUAAAUGCUUCAGCCUGGCAAAUAAACCUAAAUUAAUAUUUGUCCAAGCAUGCCGAGGGGGAGAAGCAGACAAGGGUUUUGUUGUCUCAGAUAGUCCAGACGACCAGUUCUCGGUGAGAACCACGCCUGCCCAAGUGGUUAAUAAUUACCCAACCUAUACACCUAGCAACUUAGAUGUGACCCCAGAUUACAACCCAGAAGUUGAUGUGGAGUAUAUACCGCAAGAUUCUGAUAUAAUUAUUGCAUAUGCAUCAACUGCUUACCAUGCAGCUCUACGACAUACAGAAACGGGCGGAUGGUUCGUGACACAGUUGUAUGAGGUCAUGCGCAAGUAUGCCAAGGAUGAAGAUCUACAGAGCAUGAUCACGAGGGUGACGGGACUUGUAUCAGCAAAGAAAACCCGUCAAAACUUAAUGCAGUGCCCAGAACAGAUUGGAAAUCUUCGCAAGAAAGUGUUCUUCAAGCCAAAGUCAUGA